UUGCGUUCAUACAGUAGCACUGAGUUAAACCAGCUCACCUGAAGGUCUCACCAGCUUCGCUUUACUUCAACAUCAGAUUCAUCCUUCAGACUAAAUGACAAUAAGGACUGAUAUAUUACAUGUUUAUACUUAAUAUAAUACUGUAUAUAUUACAUACAACACCAUACUGUAGAAUAUUAUAUUUGAUAUUCUGUUCGUUUUACUGCUGUACUAUAUUAUGUACUACAGUAAAUUAGUAUUAUUACUACAUUGCACCGUAUACAUCUUAUAUCACAUAAUUUAGUCCUCCAUUUUCUUUGUGUACAAUUAACUCAAUUACAAAAAUAAAAGUUUCAAAUAUACAGUACCAGUCAAAAGUUCGGGGAAAGCGUGUCCACCUUUGAUUAAAGAUGUUACUAAAGUAAAAAGUCGACUAUGUUCUCCUGAAGAAUCAGAAAAGCAACUGGACUCUUCAGGUGUUUGAACAUGACUGAGAAAGACUUUGGCCUUAGCCGGUGCAGACCGGGCCAGGCCAUCCUGCUUCUGGACAGUUCUCUUCUCACCAUGCUGGUCUAUGGAGCGCUGACAACUCCAACAUGUCUGACUGUUAUCCAGUUGCUGUAGAGGGGCAGACGGCUGCAGAGGAACCUCCUGGUCCUGGUCGUCCCCCCUUGGCAGAGAAGGCCCUGUCGGAAGCAUUUGCUCGGCUGAGGUACCGGGACACAUCCCUGCUGAUCUGGCAGCAGCAGCAGCAGGACCUGCAGGCAACCCCUCCCUCCACCUACCUGAACCGCAGCCAGUCGGCCUGGUACAGCAGCUUUGGAAACCAGGCCGUGUUGGUCCGGGACAAGAAGAGCCUGGAGGACACAGAAGGACGAUCCAGAAUCUGCAGUGUCAUGUAGACUGGAGCGAGAAACCUGAACAAACUGGUUUGAUUUAAAAACAGAGACUUAUAAAUUGAGACCUAGUUUGGGAUUCACACCAAACUCCCAUGUAUUUUUAGUGGGUUUAAACCUGAUUUUAAAGGCUGGUGCUGCUCCAUUUUAUCCAUUUGUGCCCCUUAAAGAUGCAGCCAUGUCUGCUUGUUUUACAUGACUUUUGUGAGCAGUUUAACUUAAAGUGGAUUUUCCCUCAAAUGCUUUCUGAAACGGUUUCAUUUACCCGUUAAGCUUAUUAUCUUGCAACGUCUU